UUUCCGUACAACCGGAAGUCCAGUUUCACAACCGGCAGCAAGCUGAGCGCCGGAGUCCGGCGUGACAUUCAGCCGCUGUUGGGGCCUGACCUGUCUGUGUGUGCCUGCCAACAUGACACUUCUUCAAAAGGCACUUUCUUUGACAAAAAGGCGACAUCUCGCUUCAGGAGGUGUCACUAUUAAGAAGGUGCUCAUCAACAGCUGCCGACCAUGCUGCUCAGCUGUGCUCCCCAAUCACAUGAUUCGCAACAUCGGCAUCUCCGCGCACAUCGACUCGGGGAAGACCACCUUGACCGAGCGUGUGCUGUAUUACACGGGGAGAAUAGCGGAAAUACACGAGGUAAAGGGGAAGGAUGGCGUUGGAGCCACAAUGGACUCCAUGGAGCUGGAAAGGCAAAGAGGCAUCACCAUCCAGUCAGCUGCUACCUACACAAUGUGGAAGAACCACAACAUCAACAUCAUUGACACACCAGGUCACGUGGACUUCACCAUCGAAGUAGAGCGAGCGUUGCGAGUGCUCGACGGCGCCGUGUUGGUUCUCUGCGCCGUGGGUGGGGUCCAGUGUCAGACGUUGACGGUGAACCGGCAGAUGAAACGCUACAACGUGCCCUUCCUCACCUUUAUCAACAAAUUGGACCGCAUGGGCGCCAACCCUGGACGAUCUCUGCAGCAGCUGAGAACCAAACUGAACCAGAAUGCAGCCUUUGUGAACAUCCCCAUCGGCCUGGAGGGGAACAUGAGUGGCAUCAUCGACCUUGUAGAGGAGAGAAGCUUGUAUUUCGAAGGACCUUUUGGUCGAGUCAUCCGCUAUGACGAGAUCCCAGCAGACUUUCGUGCGGAGGCAGCAGACCGGAGGCAGGAACUGUUUGAAUGUGUCGCCAACGCAGAUGAAGCCUUAGGAGAGAUGUUCUUGGAGGAAAUAAUUCCAACCACUGAUGACUUGAAGGCUGCAAUCCGCCGGGCCACAGUGCAGCGUCUCUUCUCGCCAGUGCUGGUGGGCACGGCGCUGAAGAACAAAGGUGUUCAGCCUCUGUUGGACGCUGUUCUCGAUUUCCUGCCCAACCCCACCGAGGUCAAAAACUACGCUACCCUCAAUAAUGAAGAUUCCAGUGAGACAUCAAAAAUCCAGUUGGCCCCGACAAGAGACUCCACAAACCUCUUUGUCAGUCUAGCCUUCAAACUGGAGGCGGGUCGAUUCGGUCAGCUGACGUACAUGAGGGUGUACCAGGGAUGCUUAAAGAAGUCAGAGUACAUCUACAACACACGCACAAACAAGAAAGUGCGUGUGCAGAGGCUGGUGCGCCUACAUGCCGAUCAGUUGGAGGAUGUGGAAGAGGUGUAUGCAGGUGAUAUCUGUGCUCUGUUUGGUAUUGACUGUGCCAGCGGAGACACUUUCACUGCCAAGACCAGCCAUAGCCUCUCUAUGGAAUCAAUCCACGUCCCAGAUCCGGUCAUUUCUAUGUCCAUGAAGCCAGCCAACAAGAACGACUCUGAUAAAUUCGCUAAAGGCAUCAAUCGUUUUACCCGGGAAGAUCCUACGUUCCGUGUUCUUUUUGACUCGGAGAGUAAAGAGACCAUCAUCUCGGGCAUGGGAGAGCUGCAUUUGGAGAUCUACUCCCAGAGGAUGGAGAGAGAAUACAACUGUCCCUGUGUGAUGGGAAAACCUAAAGUGUCUUUCAGGGAGACGAUCACUGCACCUGUACCGUUUGACUUCACUCACAAGAAACAGAGUGGAGGUUCCGGUCAAUACGGUAAAGUUAUUGGCGUUCUUGAGCCGAUGGAGUCGGAACAAAACACCAAGGUGGAGUUUGCAGACCAGACUAUGGGAACCAAUGUCCCAAAGCAGUUUAUUCCGGCUGUAGAAAAGGGCUUCAGGGAGGCGUGCGAGAAGGGACCCCUGAGCGGCCACAAGAUCUCAGGUGUCCGAUUCGUCCUGGAAGAUGGGGCAAAUCACAUGGUGGACUCCAACGAGAUCUCCUUCAUCCGUGCAGGAGAGGGCGCGCUAAAGCAAGCUAUGGAAAAGGCCAACGCCACCAUCCUGGAGCCCGUCAUGUCGGUAGAAAUUGUGGCACCUCAUGAGUUCCAGGGCGCGGUUAUUGCAGGCGUGAACCGUCGCCAUGGCGCCAUUACAGGGCAGGAUGGUUCUGAAGGAUAUUUCACCUUGUACGCCGAUGUUCCACUCAACGACAUGUUUGGCUACGCCACCGAACUACGCUCCUGUACUGAAGGGAAAGGCGAGUACACCAUGGAUUACAGCAGAUAUCAGCCCUGCCUGCCAAGCACACAGGAAGAACUCAUCCACAAAUACCUGGAGGCUACAGGCCAACUGCCUGCUAAGAAGAGCAAGUGGAAGAGCUGAGAACUUUUUUAGCAUUUUGUGGACUUGAGUAUUACAGUAUGCAUUUCCUUCAAGUCAGUUUAAGUCAUUUAAUUAUGUGGAGAGCAAGAUCGAUCGUCUCCCUUUGUCCAGAUUCCUCUGUAAAAUCGCAUUUAUUGUAUUACCGUACAUGUUUAGAAUCGUUAGAAAACAGCAUCCAAAAAAUGGUGGUUAAAUAGAAAAUCAUAGGAAGCAUACUUUGGUUACUUAAUGAAUAUUCAUAAUUCAUCUACAUACAAUACAGGCCAAACAUUUGGACACACCUUCUCAUUUCAAUGCCUUUUUCUUUAUUUACAUUGUAGAUUGUCACAUCAAAACUAUGACACCUGUGAAGUGAAAACCAUUUCAGGUGACUACCUCUUGAAGCUCAUAGAGAGA